UCUUCCCAUGGCACAGAGACGUGAGGGGGGGGAAGUGAACAGCGAUGAAGGGAGAAUUGGGCACUCGGACCACAGAGGUGGUGGUGGUUCAAAGAGCGGUGGGAUGGAUGAGUUGUCGACGGGAGGGGGUGAAUCGGCGGCUAAAGCGCUGUCAGUGAAACGGGAAGUGUUGACAGAGAGGCCUCGGGAGGAAGGGAAACAGAGGUCGGGUGGAGACGCCGAAGUUGGAGACUCACGUCAGGCAAGGGAAGUGCUAUCAACGAGUGUACAGCAGACAUCCGAGGAUGCACAACGGACAGAGGCUGAGGUCGCUGGGGGAAAGGGUGGAAGGCCUGAGGGCAAGUGGUGUUGUGAGGGUAUUGCGCACGCUGGGAGGGGAAGUGUGUCGCAAAAGGGUGGAACGGCGGUGGGUGACUUGGAAAAAGGUUGUGGGGGAGACCAAGGGCCCGUGAAGGAUGAAAACAAUCGCAAGAGGGGGGCUGAUGCCCAGGUGGAGGAGGAUGGUGGAGGGGGCAGUGCGUCGGAUGAGGGUGGUGGAGGGGAUGGAGAGUCCCUUGGUGGGCAGCCAUCGGAUGGGGGGAAGGAGGGUGGAUUUGUAGAGGAGGAGGCGGGCCGAUCGGUGGUGCACAACACCGAGGGUGAUGACCUGGCGACGGGGAGCGUCGCGUCCUACCACGGUGAAGCGGCGGACUACCUGUCAACAUUUUCCUCGGUCGGUCGGUGGGGAUUUGAAGAUGGGUCGACAUCGGCAUACGACUAGAGUGCAAGUGUUCGCGGGGUCAAGAGUGACCAAGAUGAUGUCGUGGGAGGCUCUGUUGGAUACGGGAAGUCCGGCAUUGUUUGAACAAGAAAGCUGGCGUUCAGGCGGUUGUGGUAGGGGGUGCCUCCGCUCAUUCGAGAAGUCCUUUUCGACUUCAAUGCGAGGCUGUGGGAGCCGGAGGACAUGGACAAACUAGGGACGGGGCAGAACACGUGCGCGACCUGGUGAGAUUUUUCGAGCGCAUGGUCAAGUUCAACCUGAAACUGGCACCCAAGAAGACGAACCGGGGGGUGAAGGCGGUGACGUUCUUGGGACAUCAAGUCACGGCGGAAGGGAUCGGGCCGGACUCGGGAAAGGUGCGAGCGGGGUGCUACCGUCGCGAUUAGGUCUGGUGUAUACCGAGCGAGAGGCGCUCGCUAGGUCGAACCAUCGCGAUGAUUUCGUGGUGGGGGAAAGUGGCUGUACAUCGGCAAGCCUCACUACGGAUGAACUGGCAGACAAGACGUGGGCGCUGAUCCAAAGAGGAAAGGGCGUGUCCAACCCUUUUCCUGAUGGUGCGUGUGUGCCUGAUGACACCCGGUUGGUGGAACCGAGUGGGGAAGUAGUCAGUGGUCAGUUUGAGCCAGGAAUGAUAAUACAUGCUGUUCCUUCAACGGAAGUUGGCAGACGCUUGCAAGGAUUGGUGAAAAAAGCUCGAGUGUAUUCUAUUCCUCAAGAAGGGGGCAGUGCCUCUGGUGGUGGUGGUGGUAGUAGCAGUAUCGCUCGUGGGCGUGGGACUGUUGCUGGUGGCGGGGGAAGCAGUAACGCUCGUGGAAGUGGGGCUGUUGCUGGUGGCGGGGGUGGCAGUUAUGCUCGUAGUAGCAGGGCUGUUGCACGUGGAAGGGGUCGAGGUGGUGCGGCUCGAGCAAGCGAGGCUGGUGGUGGUGGUGGGGGAAGGGGUUCCGGGGGCAGAGGUCCGGCAGCACUUCCGUUGCCUCAAAUUCCGUUGCAAGAGUAUGAUGAAGAACAGACGCAAGCGGCAAUUGAAUUUGGGUAGAAUUUACGUGAUAAGACGGCCAGUGAUUGGGCGGACAUUCAGGAGGAAGACGAUACGGCGCGAUUAGCAAUUAAGGCCAUUGAAGGGCAUGCUGAUCCAAAGAGGAUGGAGAAGGGUGAUAUUCCGAAAAAUGUAGACGUAGUAUUUGAUGACUUGAAGCGGUUGGUGGCGUAGGGUACUUUGUAGGUGUUGCCGAAUUCGAAGCAUUUGUUGGUGAGGAAAGAAUCGAAGCCCCCGCGGGAAAUCCAAAUCGAAAUGCAGGGCAAUUUGAGAGCUUGGUAGGUGAAAAGCCCGUUCGGACGUAUGCCUAGGAUGUUGAGACCGUGGGUCAUGGAUGGCGCUCACAAAGAAGCAGUGCAUUUGGGAGAGAAAGUGACUUUAGGUAUUCUACAGAGGGUGUAUUGGUGGAUAGGAAUGGCAGGGAGCGUACGUUGGUGGAUCCGUAGGUGUUAUUCUUGUCAGUUUCGGAAAGUGCCGCGGCAUACACAGUGUUGGCCGUAUGUGUCUCUACCUCUUCCGAGCAGACCGGGACAGAUGGUGUCGUUUGAUUAUUUGGGGCUGUUACCGAAAACGACGAAAGACAACGAGUAUGUGUUCCUGGUGGUAGAUUUAUUCAGCAGACAUGCCGAGGGGUACCCACUAACGAAGGCGCAGAAGAAUGCGAAGGGUUUUGUGUCCAUCAUGGUGAACGAUUAUAUUGCAAGGUGGGGUUGUCCGCACACCAUGUUGUCAGAUAGGGGAGCAGAGUUUGCGAAUGAGGUAGCGAAAGGGGUGUAUGAGAUGCUGGGGACGGUGAAGAAGUUUACUAGCUCAUAUCAUUCGCAGACGAAUGGGAUGGUUGAACGGUUAAAUCAUUCGUUGUGUCAAAUGUUGUCGCACUUGGUUGCGGAUGAUCAGGCGAACUGGGAUGAGAUGUUGCCACACGCGGUAGCGGCACACAACAACAACGUGAGCCGAGGGACGGGGUGAGCACCAAACGUAAUUGUACACAUCGGAAAAUACCCGAGACUGCCGAUGACGAUCUUGGAGGGAAGCGGCGUUUCGGGAAAUCAGGGCCUAAAGCAAGACCAAAUGGAUUGUUUGAAUUUGAUGAGGGAUAAGCAGAGGAAGGCGUACGAGCUGGUAAGAGAGCAGGAUAGGAUGACCAAUCCCAAGCAUGAGAAGAGCAAUCAGGUGUUGAACUCGAUAAUAGGAAAGAUGCCGAAGUAUAAGGAGGGGGACUGGGUCUUGGUGUAUGAUGAGAAAAGUACGAUUUCUGGUGGGGGGAACACGUGCUUGAAUCGCGAGUGAAUAGUAGGGGGAAAGAAACAUCGUUCGUGUUGAUCCCGAAGUUGGCACACAAUUUGACCGGCCCGUAUGAGGUGUUGAUCGUGGGUCCAGGUGACGGUCUUGACGGGGAAAAGGUGGGCCCGAAUAUUAUGUGUUUGGACGUAAAUAAGGAUGAGCCAAGGAAGAACAUUAAGAGAGGGUGUCGGUGGCAUCGGUGUAAGAAGUGAUAUACUCAGCACGAGAAAGAGGAUACACCUAGGUUUUUGCUGUGGGGCUUUAGCAAGUAUGUGUUGAAUAAGUUUUUAGAGUUGGCGCCUCCGUUCCAUCUUACGGCAGAGGACGUGGAGGAAGAAUUGGAUAGUAAGGAAUUGGUCCCGUGUAAAGUAUCAAGGCACAGAAUUUGUCGAGGUAUCAGUGGAAAGACGGCGGUUCAGUACUACACGCAUUGGACGGGGUUGGCUAAGUGUACGUGGGAGCAUGAAGUAGAGUUGGAGCAAUAUGGGGACGACGUGGUACUCAAGUAUUGGAAUGGGCAGCCGGAACAAUCGGCCGGAGGGAACAUUAGGUGUUAUUGGAGGUACCGUAUUAAGGGUGCAAAAAGGACGACUGAUUGCUAGCAGGAAGGGAGAAAGACACGUGCAAAAAGAUUACAAACUUUGUUGUGACAUACGGGGUA